AUGGCAGAUGACAACAAAUUUGAACCACCGGAAAUGGUCGAAAUGCAAGAUAUUGGCUACUUUUAUUGCCCCAUAAUGAACCUGCAGGUGCUGCAGCACUCACCACACGAGCAGGUGAGAGGCGGGAGUAAUCUCUCCCAAGGUGAAGGUGAAGGAUUUGUUGAGGAGUGCUUAAUCGCGCGCCCCCGUGCACCCGCGCCACCGUGCACCCGCGCCACCGUGCACCCGCGCCCCCGUGCACCCGCGCCACCGUGCACCCGUGGCCCCGUGCACCCGCGCCCCCGUGCACCCGCGCCACCGUGCACCCGUGGCCCCGUGCACCCGCGCCACCGUGCACCCGCGCCACCGUGCACCCGCGCCACCGUGCACCCGCGCCACCGUGCACCCGUGCCACGCGCCCCCGUGCACCCGCGCCCCCGUGCACCCCGUGCCACCGUGCACCCGCGCCCCCGUGCACCCGUGCCCCCGUGCACCCGCGCCCCCGAGCACCCGUGCCCCCGUGCACCCGUGCCACCGUGCACCCGCGCCCCCGUGCACUAG